AUGUUCCCCUCCCCGUCGACCUGCGUGAAGCCCAGCACCUACCCCACCUUCAACGGCACCCGCUACCAACAGCUGAAACAGCUCCACGCCUACCUGGAUGUAUGCGACAUCCCCUUCGAACGGGAGAACCUCCCUUACUCGUACGUCUUCGAGUGGGAGCUCGCCGGCCGCCAAGCGGAGUACGCCCAGCGAUGGUUCAUGGACUACUGGACCGUCUCCUUCGUCUUCGUCGCCCUCUACCUGAUCCUCGUGUUCUGGGGUCGACGAUGGAUGGCGUCUCGUCCGGCCUACGACCUGCAGAAACCCCUCAUCGCCUGGAACUUGUUCCUCUCCGUCUUCAGCAUCUUCUCGGCCUAUAGAGCCGUCCCCGAGAUCUACCGGACCGUCAGAGACGAUUCCCUCUACUUCUCCAUGUGCUUGGGAUACCACCUGCGACACAACCCGGUGGUUUCGGUGUGGGGGAUCCUGUUCGUCGUCUCGAAGGUGGUGGAACUGGGAGACACGGCGUUCAUCGUCCUCCGGAAGCAGCGUCUCCUCUUCCUCCACUGGUACCAUCACGUCACGGUGCUCCUGUACGCCUGGUACUCCUGCGCGCAGGGAGUCCCCACCGGCCGCUUCUUCGUCACCCUCAACGCCUUGGCUCACGCCUUCAUGUAUCCCUACUAUACCGCACGGGCGGCGAAGAUCCACGUUCCCCGCCGUCUCGCCAUGUCCAUCACCCUCUUCCAGAUCACCCAGAUGGCGUUCGGGAUCUACGCGAACGCCUACGCCUACUUCGCUCGGAAGCUCGGCCUCCACUGCGAGACCCCGUGGGAGAACAUCUACGUCUCCGCUCUCAUGUACCUCUCCUACUUCCUCCUCUUCCUCAACUUCUUCGUCGACGCCUACGUCAGACGCAGCUACGGCAGAGCGAAGGUGGCCGCGGCCAAAGGAAAGAACAUCGGGGAGGAGCUCGUCGAGUAUCUCAAGAUCAACUAA